AUGUUCACGCUGAUGAAAUGUAUGGUGCUUUGCACGGCAGGGCUCAUGAUCCUGUCGAUCUACCUGUACGGAUCGCCGGGCCGGACUGCUUCUUCCCUGUUCAGUCUCCCGGCCAUGCUCGGGCCCGUGGUCCCCAUCGAGCCUGGCUGCCCGGACAAGAUCCCGGAGCUCAUAGCAUCCAUGCCAGACACGUACACGGCGAGUGGGAAGCUGAGUGGUACCGCGGCAGUGGAGGGAGGCCUCGAAGAGGAGCUGGGCGACCCCUUGAGCCGCCGCCCACGCACAGCCAUCGUCAACAUGGUGAGCUACCACGAGGAGGUUGUGGCGGCGGUGGGGUACCACCUCCUCAAGCUGCGACACAACGUCACCGUCUUCACAAAGGCCACCGCGCUGGGGAUGGAGGAGGUGGUCCGCCCCUUCCUCUGGAAGGGCUUCCGGCGUUAUGAGGCCUUCUUCGCCGCCUUUCACGACUUCGACUGCGUGUUGCUCAUCACCUUCCCCACCUGCCAUCUGCCCCAGACCUAUGUCGUGAUGGUGCACAAUGCUUUGGCCCUGGAGCAGGAGGCGGCGGUCCGCGCCAUCCGCGCCAGCGGCGCCAAGAUCCUUACCAUAGCGCCGCAUGUCCAGGCGGCGGCGCAGCGGCGGGCAGCAGCCCAGGGAGUCCAGGUGGACUCAGGCUGGGUGGCCCCCAUGUUCCCCGUCAUCUUCCCCGAGGAGUGCGUGGAGGGGAGCUGGAGGCGGGUGCUCCCCGCCUGCCGCCCUGUGUACAUCAACGACACCCUGGCGGGGCUGUCGCCGGCGGCGGAGCCUGGGGCAGAAGCGGCGCGGCCACGCUCCGGCAUCUGCCUGCAGGGCAAGCUGGACCAGAGCCGGCGCGACUACACCGGCAUCUUUUCGCAGCUCCAGGAGCAGGCGGAGGAGCUGGCGGCCAGCAACUUCACCCUCGUCAUCCAGGUGCUGGGAGUGGGGGUUGGGCUGCGGGGCAAGGGCGCAGAUGUGACUGUGCCCCAGGAUCUCAUCGACAGGGGCAUCGUCGAACACUACUCCUUCCUCCCCUUCCAAGAAUACUACGAGGUCAUGCAUGGCUGCGUGGCCAUCCUGCCUGCCUUCAGCUCUGACGAGUACUACACGGACCGCGCCUCCUCCACCAUGGGGGCGGCGCUCAUCUCCGCCACCCCGCUCAUCGCCACCCCGGAGAUGCUGCGGGUGUACAGCUUCCUGUCUAGGGAGUCGGUGUUCCUGGUGGACCCCACCCUGCCAUACGUGGAGAUGUUGGAAGACCUGCUAGGGCCCCGGCCCCUGCUCAAGGGACCAGACGGAACUCCCAGGAGCAUGGCCAAUGCGGCAACCUGGGGGACAGCCGAGACUCGGCGAUGGCAGGAGGAGCUGGAGACCGCAGCCCAGCUGCCUCCCUUGCAGGACGACGCAGAGUCGUAG